AUGGCGUCUCCCAACUCCCGUGUGCCUGCUCUAACUGGCAGCCCUAGUAUCGGCUCUGCGCUCACAGACACUCUCGACGACCUCAUCAUGACCCGCAAGAUCGAGCCGCAGCUCGCCAUGAAAAUCAUCACCAACUUUGACAAAGCCGUUGCGGAUACGCUGGCGGAGAAGGUCAAGUCGCGCAUGAGCUUCAAGGGCCACCUCGACACCUACCGUUUCUGCGAUGAAGUGUGGACGUUCGUCCUCAAAGACAUCACAGUCAAGCUCGACAACUCGAACACGGUCCAUGCGGAUAAGAUCAAGAUCGUCAGCUGCAACAGCAAGAAGCCGGGCGAUGAACUGUUGUGGAGAGGUCCGCCUUCGCCGCCGGAACAGCGCCGGAGAGGUCCAAGAGCGUUGAGAGCUGUAAGGAAAGAAGUCAAACCAGAAGUCAGAUCGGGGGUCAGCUCGAAGGUCAAACAGCAGAUCACGCCGGAAGCCACGCCAUCGGUCGAAUCGGGGAUCGAAUCGGAGACCACACCGGAAGUCAAAUUGAAGGUCAAGCCGGAGACCAAAAAGGAGUUUGCUCGCGAUUCUUUGGAUGGGUAUUUCGGGGAGGACGAGGGUUACUUGGACCCGAAUCGGCCAAUGCAGGACGAUCGGUUGCGCGAGGCUGAUUUUCUGACACUCUUCCGAGGGGCUUGA